AUGCAAUACCUCACUUUCUUCGCUCUCAUCGCUACCUCAACUGCUUUCCUUCUCGGAGGAGGUGGUGGUGGAUGUGGAUGCGCACCCCCUCCUCCACCUCCACCAUGUGGAUGCGGUGGUGGACUACCAGCAUUACCACCUAUUCAACUUCCCCAGAUUUCUCUUCCACAGCCAUGUGGAGGUGGAUGUGCUCCUCCACCAGCCCCAUGUGGAGCUCCUUCUGGAUGUGGUGCCGCUCCUCUUCCAGCACCAGCUUACGCUGCUCCUCCUCCUCCUCCUCCAGCUAACGCUUACGCCGUCGGAAAGUAG